UCUUACUUCUUACAGAUAUUGUUGUACUACAUCGCACUUUGGUGCGUAUUGAAUGGUGGAAAGGCAGCAAGAAGUGCAGUCAGUCCGGAUAUCCUGGCAAACUUUGCUAAAAAUGUAGCUUCAGUCUUGUCGCCGGCCAUUUUAGGUGAUAUACAAUCCCGAAGCAAUCGAUCAUCUUUUCAAUCCACUUUGACGGCACCUGCUAGUCUAAAUAGCGAUGACUUGAAUUCACACUCAAUUCUGGAUAACAUAGUUGACAAAACGUCAAAUGCGGUCACGUAUUACAAACCACGUUCUUAUCCUUAUAAUGAGCUUUACAAAGAUUCUCCUGGAAGAUUCGAAGAAACUGGAUCAAAUGAACGUCUCGAGGAAUCUUUACGAGACAGAUCUUAUUUACGCCAGGAACAGCCAAGCUUUUACAGAUCUUAUGAUUUUUCAGCAAACAACGAAAAUCUUGACGCGACUCCAAAAUCUACAGACAACAUUGAAUCAUCAAUUCAGGAAUCACCUACCAAUCUAUAUUCUUCUUAUGACGGUGCUGACUUUGCCAAAGCCGCCUUCCCCCACGGGCCCUUUCUAGGUAAACCUUACGGAGUCUUCCAUGGUUUUGGCCAUCCAUACGGACACGGAUAUCAUCAUCAUCAUCAUCAUCAUCAUCAUCCAUAUGGAGGUGAGUCAGAUGAGACAAGCUCGGAGGAAAAUGCUCGACAGGAGACCAACGCGACCAAUCAUCGAGGUUACGGUCCGCCGUAUUUCCAUCAUCCCUUUUCCCCAUUUCCAUAUGGAGGUCACGACUCUUUUUAUGGACCUCAUCAGAGAAAUGGAAAUCAUUCUGGGAAUGAACGCAACGGAUAUGGUUACGGUCACGGUCCUUACCACGGCGGUUCAGGUUUGUACGGGCCGCCCGGAUAUGGCUACAAUGGCAACAACAAUGACAAUAUUAAUAGUAGACAAACCGAAGCAGCUGAGAAUGACAACAAUCAGAGUAACAUGACAAAAAACGGGUACUCGCCUCCUUAUGGGCCCCCUUGGGUCAAGCCAUUGCUAGGGACUUUUCACCUCCACGGAUUCCCAUCCCCUUUCAAUCUUCUGCCGUACGAUCAUUUCCAUGGGGUGUUCAAGGGCGGCCCUGUGGUCGGGGUUGGCCACGUUGGCUAUCCCAUCUUUGCCGAUCCAUAUUUAGGAUUCCCGUUUCACCCUUAUGGACCUCUAUUUCACGGUAAGAAAUAUUUACCGCCGAAGGACAAACCUGAUUCAGGUGAGUCGGCUGAAGCAACAGAGGCGCCAGCGGGAGAACUCUCGGAAAAUGACAAUCCCGAACGAAUUACUGCGCUCAACAACGAAGAGGUAGCGCCGGCUUCAAGUUCUAAUCGAUACAAGACCGCACGAAAGGAGCUGAAACGACUUCUAGCUAAUCUCGAAAACCGAAGAGAUCUGAUCGUCGGAAAUUAAUUAAUUAAAUUAGAUCUGGCAGAAGAAAGUGAAAUUAAAAUUGGAAUGUAUUCUAAAGAUAUGAAAAAUUAUAAACGUAUAAUGUAUUCUAAAGAUAAGGAAAAUUAUGAAAACUAUGAGAAACUUUUUAAAAAAUUAUCCUCUU